GACCUUGGCUGGCUGCCGGGUGCCCGCCCACACGCUCCCUCGCUGCCCUCCUCAGCAAGACCGGGGCAGAAAAUACGGUGAAACGCUCGUGGCUGAGAGAAGGCCGGGCAGACGGCGGGAUGCUUGCUGCCAUGGGCAAAAGAGACUCGGCUCGGUGAAAAGCGAUGGAAUUUGUGGCCAUGUGAGAACGGCACAGUGAGAACUACAAGCACAAACUGCAAGCACCUUGCCGCGUAAGCCCACACCAGGGGCCAGGGAGCGUCUCCGGAACCGGGAGCAGGGCCUCUGGGGCGGGUCCCGUCCCAACGGACACAACGGACCUGGUUCCGUGCAGCUGCGACUGCUUGGAGUGCUACCGGGUGCUCCAGGUGCGAAGCAAAGGCACAAACCGCGGGCACCUUGCCACAGAAACCCAGCGCAGGAGCCAGGGCUGAGGAGCAGGAUGUCAGGGAGACCCCCCUGCUCCCCGCGAGCGGCCUGGCUGGAGGAGGCUGGGGCCUCCCCGGCCUCCAGGCCCCGGCCGCAGCCCUAUGAGGAGAGUGAGGUGCAGCCACUGCAGGCGCCCUCUGGCUCAGGCGUGGGCCCUUCUGCCUCGGCCGUGCUGUGGCAGGAGGAAGAGGACGCCCUGAGCUUCAUCCGCGCUUGCUGCAGCCGCAGACCCGAGCGAGAGGCGCAGAAGCUGAGGUUUCUGGCCUCCGUCUGCGACGCCUGCAGAGCCGCCGUCACGGACCACACCACCUGGGACGCGGUGUAUUUCUGCCAGCUGGAGGUGGCGCGGAGCAUCGAGGCGCUGCUGCAGGAGGAGCCCACCGAUCGCCUGGACACGGAGGUGCGGCAGAAAGCCAUGCUCGCCAUCGCCGCCAUGAGCAGAGCGGGGCUGCUGCCGCAGGACAGGAAGAACGGCCUCCUGCGCGCCUGCCUCUGCAGCGUCUUCCACCUCCCUGAGGAGGAGGACACAAGCAACCCGGACGUGUCUCUCUACUUCAAGACCGUGGAAGCCCUGGACAGCCUGCUGCAGGUGCUGGUGGGCAGCGCCGGCGCCUCCGGCCUCCUGGAGCUGCAGAACAUCUUGAAGCUCCUGCUGCCCUUCACCCAGCAGCAGCCGGAGGCCGUGGAGGAGAGGGCCAUGGCGCGGAUCGCCAGGCUGGCCGCCUUCAUCAACACCUGCUCCUUGCCCCAGGUCAGCUCCUGCUUUGCAGGAGCCACAGUGGUGAGGCAUCAUCACCCCGAGAAGCACCGCUUCUCCAUGCUGGGGAGGCUGGUGGGGUACCUCCUCCUGUGCUGCACCUCCGAGAACGAGGGAAAAAGCCACGAGGCAGCGGAGGCUGUGCGCCACCUCUACAUCUUCAUCGGGCAGCAAAGAAGUGAGAGGAGCCGCGUCGGGCUGGGUCCCUCCAGACACGGGCACGCCGGCACAGCCAGGCCAGCACCAGGCCGCCUGGGCCCCUCUCCUCAGCAGGAGAGACGCGACCGAGCGAGCCCGGCUGCCUUUCCGCGGGCUGACGAGCCGUUCCCCCUGCCCUGAGCGCGAGAGCCCGGGCCCUCCCUGGGAGCGCUGCCCCCAGCUCUGCUCUGGCAUGCCCCCUUCCUGCCAGGGAGGCUUGUGCCCGAGCCCCCGGCUGCCACUGCCAGGUCCCCAGGCCCCCCCCGCUGACACUGUGUCCGCUUUUC